CGUACCGCAAAAAAAAAGUCUUAUUUAAGAUAAAUGACAAAAAAGCUUUCAUAUAAUUAUCUACAGGUUGAUUUCAGAUACCUUAUCACCAUAGUACUUAAUGAAUUGGGCUAUGUUAGCUUCAGUUAACCCACAUAAUUUGUUGAACUUCAUAUAGUGUAAAUGAUUUAACUGAAAUGAAUUUUGUUAUGGUAUCAAAUUUGUUGAAAUGAAUUUUGCUAUAGUCUCAAAUUUGUUAACUCUUCUGCCUUUGUUAAAUGUUUUAAAUAGUUGAUUAUCUCAUAGUUUCCUAGUCUCUUGCAGCGUAAUUGAUACAUUGUCUAUAUUAUUAUACUUGGUUAACUGAAGGUAUUCUCUCUGUAAACUUCAACUAGUUGCCUAUAAAAUUUUCUCAGCAGAAACUAAUGGUAUUACAUUUAAAAAUGAAAUACCUUGUCCUUUAUUUAGAGGCCAUAUGUCUAGAAAAUCAUUCUGUGUAUAAAGAUUAAUCAACCAAUCAAAAGACAUAGCUUGUUUUCUUUAGUGUUACCAUUGACACCCGACAAAAUAUUGAAUUACCGAGUUUUAGGCUCCGGGAGGUAAUGCCCCGCAAGGCAGGGAACGCGGAAGAGGCCGAGGCCGGCGCGGAGGAGGGGGACGCGGAGGAGUCCGGCCCGGAAGAGUCCCACGCGGAGGAGCCCGGCUCCCAGCAGGAGAUGGAGGCAGGGCGGCCGCGGCCGAUGCUGCGCUCAGUAAACACGCGCGAGCCGUCCCAGGUCAUCUACAACCGCAGCCCGCGCGUGGUGCUGCCCGUGUGGCUCAACUUCGACGGCAAGCUGCAGCCCUAUCCGACGCUGCCCCCCAGCACGGGCCGCCGCAUCCAUAGCUAACGGGGUCAUCUUUGGCUCUUCCGAGAUGCUGGGACAUCUGAUGGGCUGCUAGUUAACCAAACCGAGCUGUUUGUGCCGUCUCUCAAUGUUGAUGGACAGCCUAUUUUUGCAAACAUCACACUACCAGUGUACACCCUGAAAGAGCGGUGCCUCCAGGUUGUGCGAAGCCUAGUCAAGCCUGAGGAUUACAGGAGACUGGACAUUGUGAGAUCCCUCUACAGUGAUUUGGAGGACCACCCAAAUGUGUGGAAGGACCUGGAGCGGUUGCCCCAGGAGCAUAUUGAAAAUCAGUGGAUGGCGA